UAAAUAGCAGGUGCACUUCCUGUCAGACGCCAUUUACCGGUUGAAAGAUGUUUUCCAGGUUCGCUCGUCACUCGCAGCUCAUUUUCAUUGUUAAAAAUGCUUUUUCGACAAGUUCCAAGGCAGAGUCCAAAGUUGCAGUGAUUGGUGCGUCUGGUGGAAUAGGACAGCCUUUAUCUCUGCUGCUGAAGAACUCGCCGCUCAUUUCGCAUCUUGCACUUUAUGAUAUAGCUCACACACCAGGGGUUGCUGCUGAUCUCAGCCAUAUUGAAACAAAAGCCAAGGUCACUGGUCACUUGGGUCCAGACAACCUCAAAGAAUGUGUGGAGGGAGCAAAGCUAGUCCUCAUCCCUGCCGGGGUUCCCAGGAAACCAGGUAUGACCCGCGAUGACCUCUUCAACACAAAUGCCUCUAUUGUGAGGGAUAUUGCAGAGUGCUGUUCAAAGGUGUGCCCAAGUGCUAUGCUAGGAAUCAUCACAAAUCCAGUGAAUUCUACUGUCCCAAUUGCGUGUGAGAUAUACAAGAAAAAUGGUGUGAGCGGUUUUGAAAAGAGAAUCUUUGGUGUUACAACUCUUGAUACAGUGCGGUCCAACACGUUCAUUGCUGCAGAAAAGGGGUUAGAUGUCAGUAAAGUCCAUAUUCCAGUUAUUGGAGGCCAUAGUGGUAUUACAAUUAUACCAGUCAUUUCACAAUGUACACCACCAGUGUCAUUUCCUCAGGAUGACCGUGUGAGGAUCACCAAGAGGAUACAGAAUGCUGGUACAGAGGUUGUCGAAGCCAAAGCUGGUGCGGGUUCGGCCACUCUCUCAAUGGCGUUUGCUGCAGCAAAGUUUGCCAUGGCCAUGCUGGAAGCUCUGAAUGGUAUGGAAGGCAAAGUGGAAUGUGCUUACGUCCGAUCGGAAGAAACGGAAGCCAAAUACUUCGCCACACCAAUCUUGUUAGGAAAGAAUGGUUUGGAGAAAAAUCUUGGACUUGGCAAACUGAUAGAAUAUGAAGUGGGACUUCUUAAAGAAGCAAUGCCUGAAUUACAGGGAAACAUUAAAAAGGGCGAAGACUUUGUUCUCAAGUAGACUUUUAGAUGAUGUACAGUGUUGUGUUUUUCUGGGGACAAAUCUGACAUGGAAGACAACUUUGAUCUUACCACCAACUGUUUCUCACCUUAUUAUGGGUGGGCUGCUUUAGCAUCAGAAUCCGGUUAUACAAAUGCAUACGGUUUAUCUUAUUUAAGACACGAAUGCCAGUUGCGGUGCUUUUUCUUAUGCUCACUUGUAUAGAAGUUCAUAUAAUCGUUUUUACUUUUGGAUGUUACUAUGUCCCAGAGUAGAAGGAGUUACACAAAUACAAAUUUGAGAUGGUGAACAGGUUGCGAACUCUGUGCUUCCAUGAAUCCUAGAUUUUGCAUCGGAAGCAUAACAUGAGAUAAAUGCCAAAACAUCUACAUUACAUAAUUUUUAUAACCAUGGUGGAAUCCCAGAUUCAAUGCCUGGUAUAUAGUACUAACAGAAUAGUAGUUGUAAUUAGUGUAAUAUAUUUAUGCUUAUGGAAUGUAUACUACUCUCAUAACUUGUGAAGGAUGUUUUAACCAACUCUCAGCAAACAGUUUUGUACUUGAAUAUUUUGGUACACUUUUUCUAAAUUUAUGCAUCAUGACAUUUCUUAAUUACUUAUUAUUUAACAUUUUUAUUUUAUUAAAAGGUGUGAUCUAACUUUUUUUAAACAAUUGGUCUUGAAAAGUUGAUAGUGUAUGCACCAACUGGUUGUUUGCCAAAGUUGACAGAAAUAAGGGGGGAAAUGUGUUCCUGUUUUAAGCAGACAUUAGAAGCAACCAUGUUCUCAGUCAUGAAAGAUCAAAUCCUAACAGCUCUGUAUAUGUAAUCAAUGCACUGGGGUUUCGUUUUUUCAUCAUUCACUUGUAUGUAGCUGCAUGUUCCGUGAUUGACUGUGUCGUUUAUGUUUUAAUUAAUAAAACUACUGAGUUACAGUUGUGAUAUAAGGCAGGGGCGUCCCAUUCAGCCAGCCUUAAUAAUGAUUUGCCAUUCAGCUGAUGUCAGAUUAGUUUAUCUUCGUAUCAAUCCUGAUCAUCGACAGCACAUGUUGACCAAAUAGUAAUUCCCUUUGAAAGGAUAUGAAUAAAGCCUAUGAAUGUACCUGUUAAGUUUGAGCUAACAUAUUGGCAAAACAUCAUCAAAUUUAGCGAUUAAUAUAGCUUAAUUAAAUUGUGUUCUUUUUUUCAAUUUAAAUAAUUUGUCAUUUCACCCAGUUCCAUACACAAGAUGAGUGAACUUCUGUAGCAACUAAGUAGCUAGUCUAUACUUUAUGUCACAUUGACCUGGGAAUUUUCAGUGGUAAAACUGGUUUUACUGCCCAGAAAAGAUCUUAAAUGAUCCGUUGUUUUUGAGGAAUAUUGGACAAAAACGUACAAUCACAUAAUGUUGGUUAGAGAAAGCCAUGGGUUUUUGUUGCACUUGGAUCAUCCUGAAUACUAAUUUAUACAUACUUUUUCAAAAUACUAUGAGGGAUGCUUUUUGUGGUUUCGAUAAUCCAUCCUGCUGUUGAUGAAAAGCUAUGAGUGAAUGUUAUUCAUUUAAAAUAAUUAGAAUUUGUGAAUAGGGUUAUAUUAAGUAUCAAAAUCACUUCCUGUUUAUGAUUUGAUUCUGUCACUAUUUAAAAGGCAUCCAACCUGUAUACAUGGAAUGUUUACCACAAAUGGGUAAUAACCAUAUGGUAACGGGUGCAAAACAAAAUUAUUAUUAUCUUGGUAUAAAUACGUUAUAAUAAGUUAUUAAUCAGUAAAGAGGUAGUGUUUUUGGGCCGCCCGACAUAUUUUAAUAUUACCUUGUAAAUAACUAUUACGUGCUGUCGAUGAAGGUGGUAUUUGUAGACAAGGCUUACAUUAAAAGUAUGAAACCGU